GUUAAAAUGGAAAUGUUUUCUUCUUUAGUAGAAAAUGUUCAAAAUAUAUCUGAAAAUAUGCUUUCAGGUAUUAAUAUAAUACAACCAAAAGAAGAACAAAAAAUAGCUAGCCUGGUUUCAAAUUUUUACAGACAAAUUAGUACUCGUGAGGAUAUUCAGAAUCUCUUGACAAAGUAAGCGAAGUUAAAAUUUUCUUCG